AUGACCUCGCUUCCAGAGAUCUGGGUGCUCGGCGCGACCGGGCGCUCCGGCAGUGACAUUGCGUCCAUUCUCGUCAAGAACAAGGACGUCACGACCGUUAUUGUGGGACGAAACCAGGAGCGACUGGACACGUUGGCAACCACCCUCCCUGGCUCGCGUGCCGAGGUCGCCGCUGGACCAGACGCGAUCAUCCAGCUCAUCAAGGACAAGAAGCCCGCCGUCGUCGUCAACAUGCUCGGCGACUAUGCCAAUGCGGGUGUUGCCAUUGCGCGUGCGGCUGUGUCGUCCGGCACGCACUAUACCGAUCUAGCCGCCGAUCUUGCGUCGGUACCGCUUCUGUUGGGACUGCACGACGAGGCCAUCGCGGGAGGAGCUACCGUGGUCCCCGGCUCGGGAUAUGGCGUGGUCGGUACCCAAGGUGCAGUCGCCAGGCUGUGCGAAGGGAGCAGCCGCAAGGCCCGCCACAUCCAUGUCGACGGUCUUCCGGCAAUGGCGACAAAAGCGGAGGGCACCGUCGGCGAUGCGCUCGCUCACAGUAUCAUCGACGGAAUGGCAGGUGGCGGCAAGCAAGUCAUCGACGGCAAGCUGGUCUCGGCACCCAUGGGCACGUACGUCGAGCUCACCACACCCGACGGCGACAAGGUUACGUGUGGCGCCGUCCCAGCGGGCGACCUCAUUGCUGCACAGCGAUGCAGCGGCGUCCCAGACGUGUCCGUUACCGCCAACUCGAGCUACGGUCCUGCUGGUCUCAUUGCCCGACUGGCAAUCCCCGUCGUCAGUACCAUCAUGCUCCUUGGGCCGGUGAAGCGGUACGCGCAACGUUAUCUCGCCAGCGUCCAGGCGCCAGCCGCGCCAAUGCCCCGCAAACACACGUGGGGCCAUGCGGUCGUCACGUUUGACGAUGGGACCGAGCAAGAGGCCUGGCUCCAAGCUGGUGACGCGAGCGACUUUACCUCUGCGGUCUGUUCAGAGGUCGCGCUCCGGCUCGCUCGAGGGACCAAGGCAAGACCUGGCGCGUAUACGCCGUGCGAGAUCUUUGGGUCUGAAAUUGCGGAGGCGGCUGGCGCGAAGAUCAUCCUGGUGUGA